UGAAAAAACUGUUUCUAAUUUAGAUGUUGCUCGGACCAGGGAUCGAACACAGAUCUUGCGGAGUGGUAGUACGCAUCUCUAUCAACUUUUCGCAAUUUUAUUGGCACAUUUUCACUUUAUUUUAUUUAAACUCACGCAUAGCAUGAAAAUAAUGAAUGCUCCAGAAAACGCAUUGUGCCGGAAAAAAUUUCCAUAGGUAAACACUUAAAACAAAACAAAGUCAGUGCCCUAUCGAAAUAUUUUACUCAAAUAAAACAAAACAUAAAAAGUAACUCCAACAACACUACCUACACCACAUUAGCAAUGCUUAACUUCAAGUUUAAUGCCAGAAAUGAAAGCAACGUCAAUUGAAUAGCAAAAAAUUAGCAAAAAAAUUCGCACUACUUGGACUCAAUCUCAUGUGAACCAAACGAUCAGUACUUUCCUGCCGAGUGACUUUACGCGCAUUUAAUGUUUACAAAGCAAUUGUUCGAUAAAAAUCACAAACCCCCACUCCAUAAUUAUCAAUAAGUGUUUUUUUUUCGUGAUUAAAAAUAAAAUCACAGAACGAUUUCAAUAUAAAAGCCCACUGGGUGCUAAAAUUCAAUUAGUGUCGGUUGUAUAUCAAAGCGCUUUUGUUACGAGCAAAAUUUUAACGGUAAUUAGUGGGAAAAUACAUUCGAUCAGUGGCGAAAUAGUGAACGUAGAAAUGCACAAGGCGACCACACUAACGUUGGCGGCGUUUACGCUGUUGGCCUUAUUUACUACCGCCACGCAGGGCAAGGAUUGGUGGGAGAAUGGCAAUUACUACCAAAUUUAUCCGCGUUCAUUUCGCGACAGCAAUGGCGAUGGCAUUGGCGAUUUGAAUGGUGUCACCGAAAAACUGCAGUACUUGAAGGACAUCGGCAUCACAGCGGCGUGGCUGUCACCGAUCUUCAAGUCGCCUAUGGCCGAUUUCGGUUAUGACAUCUCUGAUUUCUAUCAAAUCCACCCAGAGUAUGGUACUAUGGAAGACUUCGAAAAUAUGAUUAAGAAAGCCAAAGAGGUUGGCAUUAAAAUUAUAUUGGACUUUGUGCCAAAUCACUCCAGCGAUGAGAACGAAUGGUUCAUCAAAUCCGUUGAUGGCGAUCCGGCUUACGUCGACUUCUAUAUCUGGCACAAUGGCAAAAUCAACGAAACUACCGGCGAGCGUGAACCACCCAGCAAUUGGUUGAGCGCUUUUCGCUACUCCGCCUGGGAAUGGAACGAAGUACGUCAGCAGUACUACUUGCAUCAGUUCGCUAUCAAGCAGCCCGAUCUCAACUACCGCAACCCAGCUGUUGUGAACGAGAUGAAGAAUGUAAUGCGCUUCUGGUUGGCCAAAGGCAUUGCCGGCUUCCGUAUUGACGCUGUGCCCUACCUCUUUGAAAAGGAACUGGACCGCAAUAACAACUAUCCCGAUGAGCCAGUAAUCGACGAUGUGAGCAGCUGCCCAGACCCUGACGAUGGCUGUCACUUGAAGCACAUCUACACCCAGGAUCAACCGGAGACCUUCGAUAUGGCCUAUCAGUGGCGUGCACUGGCCGAUGAGUUCAAGAAGGAGCAUGGCGGCGACACACGCAUUCUACUCACCGAAGCCUACACCAGUUUCGAAAACAUCCUGCGUUUUUAUGGCAAUGGCGUGCAAAAUGGCUCGCAUGUUCCCUUCAAUUUCGAUUUCUUGACAAAUGUUGUGAACAACACCAAAGCACCAGUGGUGGUGGAACACAUCGAGAAAUGGCUGAACGCCAUGCCGGAGGGUGUGUACGCGAACUGGGUGUUGGGCAAUCAUGACAACAAGCGUCUUGCCUCGCGCUUCGGCGUGCAGCGCGCAGAUCUCUUCAACAUACUGCUGCAGACAUUACCCGGCAAUGCGGUAACUUACAAUGGUGAGGAGCUUGUAAUGACUGACGUAUUCAUCAGCUGGGAGGACUCUGUCGACCCGCAGGCCUGCAACGCAAAUCCUACUAACUACUAUGGCUAUUCCCGUGACCCUGCGCGAACACCUUAUCAAUGGGAUGCAUCACCAAAUGCCGGUUUCACAUCAGGUGACCACACAUGGCUUCCUGUGUCCGACGACUACAAGCAAAACAAUGCUCUGGCACAACUACGUGCGCCACAAUCUCAUUUGCAAAUUUUUAAGAAAUUAUUGCGACUGCGCAAGGAACCCUCUUUCCAAGAUGGCGAAUUACAAAUCAAGGCGAUCGACGACGAUCUCAUCAUCUACUCGCGUCAAAAACCAGGUAGCGAUCUUUACGUUAUCGUACUCAACUUAGGCAGUACUGAUAAGACACUGAACAUAAACGAUCACUAUUCAUUGGGCAGUCAAGCAGAGGUGAUCACCACCUCCUUACAGUCACAGAACAACGAUGGUCAAAUCAUCGAUCCUACCACAUUCAAAGCCGAAGCUUAUGUUGGCACUGUUCUGGUAGCAGUCUAACGAAUUUAACCUUAUCGUAUAAGCUUUAAUGGUAUUAAGCAACAAAAACGCUCAUCGCAUGCAGACAAAAAACUAAUAUAAGAUACAGAAAACUAUUUAUCUAUGUAAUAAAUUUUCCAAAAUUUAUUUAAAUUUACCUUAA